UUUUGACAGCUUACCGCUCCAAAUAUGAUAUAUAUACGUUUUGUAAAAUGACCUCCAAUGAAACGCAGACUGAGGGUAGGCGUAGGCGGGUAACCCUUCCUCCUUCGACAUCCGAUAAAGGUGCACCAUCCCCAAAAAACAGCGAGGAGCCCAAACGAAUUUCCCACACAGAGUUCCAAAAAAGAGUAACAUCGGAUAGAAGCGAUGAGCCGGUCCUCAGCUGCCAAUUCGAAGUGUUCGGGAUUGUGCAAGGCGUUUCAUUUCGAAUGUACACUUUGCGAAGAGCUCAGAAGCUUGGAGUCCGGGGUUGGUGCAAAAACACCAACGAGAAUACGGUGAAGGGCGAGAUUCAAGCACAUCGACAUUCCUUUGAGUCCAUGCGCCUCUGGCUAAAGCACACCGGCAGCCCCACCAGUCGAAUCGACAAAUGCAUUUUCAGUGAGACUGUUGAACUUACAGAAUUCACAUUCACCAACUUCUCCAUAGUGGUGGAUUAGAUUUUCUUUAUAGGCUUAAGUUCGUUAAGAACGAAACGGAAUUGUAUUUUUCUUAUUCAUGUUUGAAGAGUAUUUGGUUCUAUUGUUCUAAUGUUAUAAAAAUAAAUCUAACUGAAAUGCAA